AUGCUCUUAUCUGAAAAGUUGGCUCGUCGGCUUUCCAUGAAAAUGAGGAGCAUAUUUUUGGUUCUCCUUUCCUUAACAGCUGCAAAUGGAUUUUCCGUUCAGAAACAUGAUGUCCUAGAACAACUUCGCAAUCGAGUGAUCACGAGAGAGGCCGAAAGCCUGACUGGAGAGGCACUUGCUGAGUACGUUAACAAAAAUCAGCAAUUUUUCAAGGCUGCGGUACCGAAGUUCAGCAUGGAGUCGAUGAAGGCGAAAUUAAUGGAUGUUAAAUAUUUAGCAGCACCGUCACAUGAAGAGGAGCUUGCCAUCGACGCUGCUAUACCUGACAGUUUUGAUGCACGAGUACAGUGGCCGCAGUGCUCUUCAAUUUCAAACAUUCGUGACCAGUCAGACUGUGGAUCAUGUUGGGCUUUCGGGGCCGCGGAAGCAAUGUCGGAUCGCAUUUGCAUCGCUAGCAACGGAAAUACACAAGUAACUAUUUCCGUAGAUGACGUUCUUUCUUGCUGCGGAAAAACCUGCGGCGACGGUUGCGAAGGAGGGUAUCCAAUUGAGGCAUGGAGGUACUGGAUGAAACAUGGAAUUUGCACUGGUGGUUCCUACGAAUCGCAGUCCGGAUGCAAGCCAUACCCAAUUCCACCAUGCGGUCAUCAUGCCAACCAGACCUACUACGGCCCAUGUCCAGAAAAUGAAUACGACACACCUGUGUGCACUAACACUUGCAUUGCUGGAUAUCCUACUAAAUACAGUGACGACAAACACUAUGGAAAAUCGGCGUAUGGAGUAGCAAAGACGGUGCAAGGAAUACAGAAAGAGAUCAUGACCAAUGGCCCUGUUGAAGCUGCGUACACUGUUUACGAGGAUUUCUACCAGUACACCGGUGGUGUUUAUGUGCACACUGCGGGAAAGCAAGUUGGCGGACACGCUGUGAGAAUUCUUGGAUGGGGUGUCGAUAACCAGACGCCGUACUGGCUUGUCGCCAAUUCUUGGAACACCGACUGGGGAGAGAACGGGUAUUUCCGUAUUGUGCGAGGAUUGAAUGAAUGUGGCAUUGAGCAUGCGGUUGUCGCUGGCCUACCCAAUUAG